UUGAACCUGCUAAAGAAGAAAUUGGAUAUGGUGGUGGAGUUCUCUGAAAACCGAAAACUGACUGCAGAAGAGAAGCUAGAAGAGACACUGUAUAAAUUGAAUGCAACUAAGAAUGAGCUGUUAGCUGCCGAUAAAUAUCUGAAAGUAACUGAAGAAGAAAUGGAGAAGUACAAACAAGAAGUGGAAGAAAUGCGAGAAGAGCUGCAGGAGUCUAACCUCACCUUCAACCACAAGAUGAAGGCUCAGUAUUGGGAAACAAGGAUGAUGCAGCAGAGCAGGGAGAACGCCUACCUGAAAUACAGAUUGCGCAUGAUGAAAGGGGAGAUGCUGCCUGUGGGAUCCAUGAGGCAUGAACUGAUGCCCGGAAGGCCUGAGUUGCAGAAGCCUGUGUGGCAAGCAUCUAGACUGGUUCCCAGGAUGAACAGCAGCACUAGCCCUCAAAGGGACCCAGAGAUGCAUAUGGUCGGUAGAGGUGUGAGAGAGUUCCCUCAUUGCCCAGGGCUCCUCCGUAUGCCCUACCACAUGGGGUGGAAUGUACCAGACUUCACUCCUCCUCAUCCACCUCCACAGUGGUGGACAUGGGGGCCUCGGCCACACCUCAUUCCUCCACCACAUGGCCUCCAGUCCCAAUCAGAAGCCUGUGGAGCUCAAGGCCACAAUAGCAGCACUGUGCCCGAGAAGGUCCCAGAGAAGAACCAAGGUAAUCAUUUUGUAAUCUGAAGACUUCCUUGACCUCCAACAACCAGGCUCCAGUGAGUUUCUACUCAAGAUAUGAAUGUUUCUGCCUGGCGGUCUGAAUGCUUUCCCUGCCCAUCCUGUCCCCUGUGCUUUGUCUCUCCUGGUAUAUCCCCAAUAAACUGUUCAUGGUUC